UGUCACGCUGCUCAACGACAGAGAGAGGCUCGAGGUGAAGGUGUGAUGGAAAAAGCAGCAGAGAGCUCAACCGGGAAGGCAGCAGAUGUGGUUGUAAAGGGUGAAGCUGCACUGAAACCUGAAUUCAUAACCACAAAGGAAAAAUUUCAUGAGUCUGUCGACGCUGAGUGGCAGCGCUCAAAUGGAAAAAAGGCCAGUGAUGAAGACACAUCUGUGGACAAGAAUGAGAACUGCACAGCAGAACCUGAAGCUAAAAAGUUUAAAGCCGAUCCUGAGGAAAAGACUCAGGUGGAGAAGCCAGAUGGAAAACGAUAUAGAGGUCAAAAUAAGUCAAGGCCACACAUAAAACCUACUACCUAUGAGGAAAAACGACUGUGCCUUUCAAUCAUUCAGGAUAGAGAAUGUCCAUUUGGCGACAAAUGCCGCUUUCACCAUGAUGUUGCUGAGUACCUGGCCUCUAAGCCGGUAGAUAUUGGGGAAAGCUGCUAUCUCUAUGACACGUUUGGAAAGUGUGCUUACGGCCUCAUGUGUCGCUAUGCUAAAGCGCACACUACACCAGACUUCAAAACCAUGGAGAACAAAGAUCUAGUGCAGGCUUGUGAAGGCAGGAACCCAGUGAAGAACAGUUUGAGUAAAGACCUUCAGAAUCGUCUGAGGAAGCAUUCAGUGGCCUUCAAAAAGUCAGCAGAGUACCUGAAAACACUUUCAAACAACAAGGAAAAAAAAGAACAGCAAAAGAACGGUGAAGCUUGUGCUGCUGAAUUAUCGACCGCUCUAAAAGAAGUGGAGCAGAAAGAAGCAGAAACACAGCUUCAGUCAGUCCCAGAUAAAGAGCCCCCAGUGAAGACUGUUGGCCCUCUGACUGAUGCUGAUGUCAUCAAGUUGCGCCCGUGUGAAAAGAAACAGGUGGACUUCCAAGACAAGCUCUACCUUGCUCCUCUAACAACUUGUGGAAAUCUGCCUUUCCGUCGUGUGUGCAAGCGCCUUGGUGUAGAUAUCACCUGUGGAGAAAUGGCAAUGUGCACAAACCUGCUACAAGGGCAGCAGUCAGAGUGGGCCCUCCUCAAGAGGCAUGAAAGUGAAGAUCUUUUUGGCGUCCAGGUGGAGGGCUGCUUCCCUGACACCAUGACAAGGGUCGCAGAGCUCAUCAACAACAACACUGAUGUUGACUUUGUGGACAUUAACUCUGGAUGCCCCAUCGAUCUUGUCUACAAGAAGGGCGGAGGCUGUGGCUUGAUGACACGCACCAGAAAGUUUGAACAGAUCAUCAAGGGAAUGAAUUAUGUGAGUGUUUUUCACUGUUUCCUGUUUUUUUCCAUGAAGGUGCUGUUUUAG